AGAGCUGGAGCUGCCGCAAAGCCCCGUCCUCCAGGGCUUUUUUUAAACACCGUGUUUGCUUCACGCUCCAACAAUUUCAUCCAGUUGAACAGCCGCAGCGCUAUAUGCACUGAACCGACGGUCAUUGUGGGAACAGCGCCGACGAGCACAAACCGUUAUGGUUUAAGAAAGAAAACGACGGCAUAAACUAAAAAAAAAGGGAAGAUACUGUGUUGCGGGUCAACGAGUUUAACCCCUAAUCUGCCGUGGCAUUGUUGCUCUCGGGGAAGGCAGUCACAACAGGAGGGUGUCUCGGUGAAAUGAGAGCGGACCCGGUCGGUGACCGUUAUUCCGUUGUUUUCAAUGUGGUUGGGAUUGCAGCCGACUCGGUCGUUGCAGCUAGCUCGGUACAGCCGCGUUGAUGCAGCAGCGCACGGCUGUGGUGUUCAAAUCCACCACCGGAUCUGGGAAGACAAUAGGUGAAAUAUACGCCGGCCUGGACUCCCAAGACUACACUAAACGAGAGUCUGCAUCCGCUUUGGCUUCGCUAGUGUCCGUGUGAGGAAUCGGUUUAGAAAGUGAAGUGACAGCGGGCAGGUAGCUGGAUCAGGAUGGCGGCUGUAGUGAACUACUCCCCGCCUUGGUGGGUAAAUCUGCUCCACCGGUUGCCUCAUUUCAACAUUGAAUUCCAGCUUAUGAGCAGUGACUUCAGACCGGAAGACUCUGAGUACCAGAAGUCCAUUUUGCUGCUUGGGGCUGUGGCGUUGCUGUGUUUGGGCCUGGACCUCCUCUUCCUCCUCUUCUACUCAUUCUGGCUUUGCUGCCGGCGACGCAAGAGUGACGACUCCUCGCACUCCCACACGCACUCCCAUCAGCCCAGCGCCGACUGCUGCUGCACCGCCUGGUGCGUCAUCAUCGCCACGCUCGUCUGCAGCGCUGGCAUUGCUGUAGGAUUCUACGGAAAUGGGGAGUCGAGUGAUGGGGCCAAUCGUUUGGCGUACUCCCUCCGUCAUGCCAACCGCACCGUGUCAGGGGUGGAGAAACUGGUGUCAGACAGUGCCCUAGCCUUAAACCAGACAGUGGAGGAGAACUUAGUCCAGUUGGAGACAGCUUUCCAGGAGCAGACAGACUACGUGUCCAUCGUCCAAAAGCUGCAGGGACAGCUGGACGAGCUGGUAAGGCUGAUGGUGGAUAUUCCCUUCUGGUCCAAUACUGAAGUUUCCCUGGAGGACUUGGCCCGCAAGACGGAAGCUUUUGAUUUUUACAGGUGGCUGGGGUACCUUAGCCUGCUGCUGUUUGAUGUACUCAUUUGUCUUCUGGUGCUCUUCGGCCUUAUACGCAACUCUAGAGGCACUCUGAUAGGAGUGUGUCUGCUGGGGGUUUUGACUCUGAUAAUCAGCUGGGGGUCUCUCGGCCUGGAACUGGCUGUCGCUGCUUCAGCCAGCGACUUCUGCGUUUCCCCGGAUACCUACAUCACCACGAUAACCAAGGAAAAUGCUGUCAUCAACCAAGAUAUUCUGCAGUAUUACCUGAGGUGCAGCCCUGGCCAAAUUAACCCCUUUCAGCAGAGGCUGUCAGGGAGUCACAAAGCAUUGGUGGAGAUGCAGGAUGAUGUGGCAGAGCUACUGAGAUCAGCAACACGUGACCAUGCCAACACCAAGGGGAGUCUGGAGCAAAUCCAGUCUGUACUGAAUUCCACCGAGGUUGGUCUUCACCAGCUGACUGCUCUGGUCGACUGCCGCAGCCUACACAUGGACUACGUUCAGGCAUUGACUGGGCUGUGUUAUGACGGGGUGGAGGGUGUCAUCUACCUGGUUCUCUUCUCCUUUGUCACUGCUCUGAUGUUCUCCUCCAUUGUGUGCAGUGUGCCACAUACCUGGCCUGGCAAGAGGACGGAUGAGGAAGACGGAGAGGAUGAGUCGGGUGCCUCACGGGGCGGUGUGCACGAUAACCUGUACCGCGUUCACAUGCCCAGUCUCUACAGCUGUGGCUCCAGCUACGGUAGCGAAGCUAGCCUGCCCGCUACAGCCCACACUGUCAGCAAUGCCCCCGUCACUGAAUACAUGAGCCAGAACGCAAACUUUCAGAACCCUCGGUGUGAGAACACCCCCUUGAUUGGCAGGGAGUCCCCUCCACCCUCUUACACCUCCAGUAUGAGAGCAAAGUACCUGGCUACCAACCGACCGGACCAGAACCGACGCUCCGUUCCCAACGACCAACUGGACCCAGCUAGCCGGGCUCACCCCACUGCCCGACCACAGUCCUCAGUCCACUAGAAACUGUCCACAGAACUGCAACAGUCCACCCCAGUACUGCCUAAAUCCAGUUUUCACAGCCAAUAACAAUAAUAAUAUCCAACGCAGCAUUUAAAGCACCAACAGGACCCACUGAAUUACACCGACUGGUUCACCAGAAACAACACAGCAAGUCAGAACUCAUCAACCAAGCACCUCAGCAAAGGACUGCACUUUGAAGAUCGACUUCUACUUCGCACCCAAAAUUAUCCAAAAGAAAAUUUGUACUCCUCUUCUUAGUGGACACACACACACACACCCCAAGCUGCUUGUUCCUCCACUGCUGUGAUGGAUCAGCCCACAUACUCACAAUGCACAGCAACUAAAGCGCCUUGGCUCUGUCUCCAGUUUCUUCUACUACUUUUCAGAUCUCUACCCCUCCACUGGGAUCCGUACACUGUCCUCCAGUGGAUACAGCUCUCACUACUCAAUCCCAUGAGACUUUUACAUUCAGACCACACACACACACACACACACACACACACACACACACACACACACACACACACACACGCACACACACACACACACACACACACACACACACACACACACACUGUACAGACCUGUAAAUAGUAAACGUGUGCUUUACUCUGAUUUCAUGAGAAGUGGACUGUUGAAUCAUUACUGGUAAUGUGGUGUGCUGUGUGUUUAUCAUGGAACCUUUUGCUGUAUCUCUCAUAUAAACACACACACACACACACACAUAUACACACAUACACAUAUACACAUAGACGGACACAUCUGUAUAAAUAAUAAGCCAGUGAAUUAGAAAGCCAUGUUUAGAUAAGAACAGUACCACCACAUCCUCUUUAGCUUAACAUUGUCGUCUAACUAGGACUUGAAUCGUGAGCUCGAAAAGUGUGUCCACAUCUCUUUCUGUAUUUGUUUACAUGCACAUACAGUACACAUGUCGAUUAAGGCAUUUUUAACAUGAGCCAGGAAUCCUGUUGUGGAAUAACUAACUGUUUCGAAUUUUGGGGAUUGAAGCGAGAGACAAAGGACAUGAAAAGGCUCAACCUGUGCCAAAAAAACUGAAUAAUGAGGGAUGCCUGAUUCUCUCCUCUUCUUCUACUGCCUCCACGUCUCAAAAAAGGGGAAAAAGAACUUGGAAUCGUGGAAUGUUUUCCCGACUGUAAAUAAAAAGGGAACGGUAAAGACACUUGAAAAAGGAAAACGAUGGACAGAAAUCAGUUAAGACUCACUGAAAAUUGCGACUACACAUUUGCCAGGUGCUAUGUAAGCCAGUCAAGAUCCCAGAAGACGAUCAGGACUGAGGAGGGACAGAAACGUUCUUUUUUUUUUUUUUUUUUUUUUUUUUUAUUACUUUAAUGUUUUGUUUCCAUUCAGGGAUGUGAUCAGGAACAUAAAAAGCAGUAAAAAUAAAACAGCUUUCCAUCAUUACCGAAAGGAAGUUGUGUCCCGAGUCCUGAAAAAAAGUCAUGUCCCUAAUAAAUAAUGUUACAUAAAAGUGUUUCAAAAUGAAGGAAAGUGGGUGUUUUUUAUGUUUUAUCAUAAGCUGAAUUCAGGAUGUGAUACUGUGACCAAGUAGUAUUCUGUUUCUUCUUCUAUACUGUUUUUUUCUCUCUUCCUGUGCUUUUAUUUUGGUAACUGGUGAUCUUGGAUCUAC